UGUAGCCACAUAACUUGGUUCAUAUUGGUAAAUAUUUUCCUGGUGCAGGGAGCCUUUGUGCUUUGUCGUCUAUUUAAGAAGAAUGAGUUGAAGCAAGAUGAAAAUGUUGAAAGUUCACACUUGGAUGAGGUUCAACAGCUUGUUUCUUCUCCUGCUGUUGGAAAAUCACCUGGUAAUGAAAUAUCAGAUGCAGUGGCUCCAUCUCCAAUCAUGGAAAGUGAUAGUGAUAAAAGCAAUCCACCAAAAAUUUCUGGAGGCGAAACACAUGGCACAAGAUUACCUAUUGACAGUCGCGGCGAUAGUUGCACUGUUGAUGAUACUGAAGAUCAGAUGUUGGACAUAACAUCAGUACCAUCGGAUCCCGAGUUAGAGAAAUUAUUGGAAAUCUUUUGUGACACUUCACCACAGCCUCUUGAUUGGAAGAUCUGCUCCCCAUUGCAUGCACAGUUGCAGGUGGAGUUUGGAUCUUCUUACGUACAUGCUCCUGUGAUCAAUGAGAUGAGCCAUGAUCAAAAGGAUGUCCAGUUUCAGAAUGGAACAAAUGCCUUCGAUAUUAAUGAGUUUUUCAACUCAGUUCUUGACAGCUCUGAUGAGCUUUCCUAUGAAGAUUCUGGACUGGAGUUGAGGACAGUCCAGUUUGCAUCAAACACUAUUAACACUAUAACAAGGUCACCAUUUAAGGACUCUGGAUUGUGUAGUGAGUCGAAGGCACAAGUUACGCAAGAGCCAGUUGGGACAGAUUUAUUUGAACCCAAGGAGACUGCACUUAUGAGAGAGGUUAAUCCUGUUGCAACUACAGUGGAGGAGGUGUUUGCGACACCUUAUGUUAGCAAUGAUCACUCAGUGGCGAAUCUUGACUUCCUUAACAAUGGCUACCCUGGAGAUGCUGCUUUGUCUGCUGGUUCUGGAGGAAUGCAGGUCCCCAACGUACUAAAUGUUGAAGACUCGAGUUCUUAUAGAACUGGAAGCAGUGAUUCUGGUUUUGGAACUGGAAUUAAACUAAGGACUCGGCUCAAGCAGAAUCAACCUGAUGACGAGCAGUUUGGAUCCGGAAUGCAAGGAACUUCUCAUAGAAGAAUACGUUUCCAAGUGAAACGUCGAGCUGGAAGAGCUGAGUGUGAUGUGCCUACUGAUUCUGAUAUGGGUGGAGAAAAUCCCGAAGAACUGUUAACUGUGUCUGAGAGUGAAAAAUUCUCCAUUGAAGACAGUUCUACUGCUGGAGCUGCUAUCUGCGGUGAUAAGACACAAGAUACCAUGUGCAAAGAAUUUAAAGGGUAUGGUCGAGUGGCUGAGGACUUGAGUGCAAAUGCUAAAGAUGCAUAUGAUUUUCCAGUCGAUGAAGCUUCAAAGAUGGCAGCAUUGAGUUCAUUUUCAUCAAGUUUCUACAUAUCCAAGGCACUCGUAGCUGUAAGUGUAAUCGUAGUCUUCUUAGGAUUUUUGGGGAUAUGCUUUAAGCUGAGAUAGUCUGCAUCCCCGAACGUAAUUUUGUAAAUAAGUUGUAGAUGGAUGAUAAGAGGUGCUUGGGUAGCAUGAACCCGCUUACCUGUUUUAUUGAUUUUUAUCUCCUUGUGAUUAUAGCAGAGGAGCUCGAGCUGAGACAGAUUGUAAGUUAACAGUAGUAUAGUUUACAACUGGCUCGUUUAUUACAUUAGUUUCCGGAACAGUACCAUAUGGUGUAUGGAGAUUCAGUUAAUUUGGAUCUUAUCCAAAGAUUUGUAUAACAUGAUCAUUUAUAGAGAGUCAAAUAACUUUUUCCUCUUA